GUUGGAAAGCUCCAGGUUUCUGUCAUCCCAGUAACUUGUGGCUUUUACAAAUAGGCUACACCUGCAUUUGUUAUAUUUCUCCACUCGUUUAUUCAGGCCUUCUGUAGUUUACUGAAUGUUCAGGAACAUGACAAACAAAGUAACUAACUGUAAAUCGAACUGAAUGUGUCUUUAUCAUCGCUAAAUAGUACGCAGACCUUUUUGUUUUUAUGACGUGCAGCGCAAGGGAAGCAAAUGAGUAAGCUAGGAGAGAGCGGUACCGAAGGCUCUGGUAGCCUACAGACCAAUGGAGAAGCAGGAUGCUGCAGCAUGGCAUUCUAAUAUGUGCCCAAAAAAUAGUACGUCAGUCUUCGCCUUCGUGAGCUUGACAGGAAGAGAAAGCUAACGUUGCUAACUUUUGGGUGAAGUGAAGAGAGAGAGCAGGAAAGAGGUGGAGUGGCGAGAGAGAGACAGAGAAGUGACACAAAUCAAUGUGAGCACCCAAACCACCAUCACCAGCCGCAUCCGGCGCAGCCUCCCCGACCUCCAUCACCUCUCUGCCUUUACCAGGGAAAGACGGAUAGGAACAGAGUCACAGGAAAGACCGCAUCCUCAACAACGCAGCAUCCGGGUUGGUCGUGUCUCUGAUGGGUAUCCACUCUUCAGCAGAGCCACCUUUCCUGGGACGCUCCUAGGAGUGAGGGGGGCCAGCAGACAGAGGAUCUGAUUACUUCAGAGACAUUUUUCUCUCCAGGUUGACCCGUCAAGUUACUGGAUGUCUUCCAAGCGACCAGCCUCUCCAUAUGGGCGGACAGAUGGAGAGGUAACCAUGGCAACCAGCAGACAGCGAAUGGAGGAUGAAGAUAGCGAGGGACUGGGCGGUGUCAUCCACCUCCCCCUGGUCUCCUACUGCGGCAAGGUGUCCCCUCGCUCGCCCCCCAACCGCAACUUGGACAGCCCCCCUAACAUGGAGCGGGACUGCACUAAAGGAAGCUCUCUGAGUCCUUACCCCCAGCACAAUGCUACCUCACCGGGCAAAGAGGAUGGCGGAGGCGGAGGCGGAGGGCGGCCCUGCGGCGACGGGGGCUCCGCCACAGGUACCCUGGGGACCCCCGAGAGACGCAAGGGCAGCCUGGCAGACGUGGUGGACACACUGAAACAACGCAAGAUGGAGGAGUUGAUCAAGAACGAGCCAGAAGAGGCCCCCAGCAUUGAGAGGCUGUUGUCAAAGGACUGGAAGGAUAAACUUUUGGCCAUGGGCUCAGGGCACAUCGGGGAAAUUAAAGGUACUGCAGACAGCCUGGCGGAGAAAGAGCGCCAACUCAUGGGCAUGAUUGGCCAGUUGAGCAGCCUGAGGGAGCAGCUCCUGGCGGCCCAUGAGGAGCAGAAGAAGCUGGCCGCCUCGCAGAUGGAGAAGCAAAGGCAGCAGAUGGAGCUGGCCAAGCAGCAGCAGGACCAGAUUGCCCGGCAACAGCAGCAGCUUCUGCAGCAGCAACACAAAAUCAACCUCCUGCAGCAACAAAUCCAGCAGGUCCAGGGCCAACUCCCUCCGCUGAUGAUUCCCGUCUUUCCUCCAGACCAGAGGACUCUGGCAGCGGCUGCAGCCCAGCAAGGCUUCCUAAUGCCCCCUGGCUUCAACUACAAGCCUGGCUGCAGUGACCCGUACCCUCUCCAGCUCAUCCCAACAACAAUGGCUGCUGCUGCUGCUGCCACACCAGGCCUGGGACCCCUCCAACUCCAGCAGUUGUACGCAGCUCAGCUGGCGGCCAUGCAGGUUUCCCCGGGAGCCAAGCAGCACGGAGGCAGCCUGCCCCCCCAGGCCAACAUGGGCACACACUCCCCACCCACCAACACACACUCACAGAGCGACAAGGGCCGCAGCUCCCCGCUACCAAACAAGGCCAAGGACAGUGAGGGUGCACAGCCACUGAACCUGUCGGCCAAGCCUAAGGCAUCCGAGAGCAAGUCACCCAACUCCCCCCCAACUUCCCCACAGGUCGCUGCUGCUGCUGCCACCAAGCUGGGCCCCGCCGGCUCCAUGAAGCACAGUGUUGCCCCCUCCAGCAUCGGAGGUCCACCGACCAGAGUCAGCUCGAUAGCAGACUUGUUGUCGACGCUGUCCACGACCGCCUACCUGAACGACCACGAGGCGGUGAGCAAGGCCUUCGCCGAGGCCCGGCAGAUGAAGGAGCAGCUGAAGAGAGAGCAGCAGGUCCUGGACGCCAAGGUUUCCGCCGUCAGCAAUCUCAGCCUCAACAAUGGACGCUCAGACAAGGACAAGGCUGCCUUGGAGAGUCUGAGUCAACAGCUUAAGCAGCAGGCGGAGGACAAGUUCAGCCACGCCAUGCUGGACUUCACCAUGAGCGGAGACUCUGACGGCUCCCCCAGCGUGUCAGACUCCAGAAUAUUUCGGGAGGCUCGGGGCCGUGGCAGCGCCGAGCCGCACAUCAAGCGGCCGAUGAACGCCUUCAUGGUUUGGGCCAAGGACGAGAGGAGAAAGAUUCUCCAGGCCUUCCCCGACAUGCACAACUCCAACAUCAGCAAGAUCCUCGGCUCCCGCUGGAAAGCCAUGACCAACCUGGAGAAGCAGCCCUACUAUGAGGAGCAGGCUCGCCUCAGCAAGCAGCAUCUGGAAAAAUACCCAGACUACAAGUACAAGCCGCGACCCAAACGCACCUGCCUGGUGGACGGCAAAAAGCUGCGCAUCGGCGAGUACAAGGCCAUCAUGAGAUCCCGCAGACAGGAAAUGAGACAAUACUUCAGUGUGGGGCAGCAGGGCCAGUUGCCCUUGUCCUCCGCAGGCGUGGUUUACCCAGGUGCCCUGUCAAUGGCGGGAAUCCCCUCACCCCAGAUGCCCUCAGAGCACUCCAGCAUGUCCAGCAGCCCCGAGCCCAACGCCAACCACCACCAAAACCCCCACAUGGCAGGCCUGAAGGGGGACGAGCCCCGGAUCAAGGAGGAGGAGCUGCGGCUGGACGACAGCAACGGUGACGUGUACGACGACUUUGACUACGAGGACGAAGAGGCCGAUUACACCAGCGAUAACGACAACCAUAUCACCCAAUAGGAUGGCGUGGCCGGCGCCUAAUUCCAAGCCAAUCGCAGCUGGUUAAUCCCACACAAUCCCAAACCCACCAAUCAGGAAGAAAAACGUUCUCUUUUUUGCCAAUCACCCUGAGUCCCAAUCUCACAGCACCCACCACCCUCUCCCCCUUCCUGACUAACACGGACUCUUUUAACAGAGCCAAAGCCCUCCCACUGGAGUCCUGAUACCAGCAUCUGAUCAAUCAACUGAAGCACAGGACCUGUCACUCACACUGACUGUUACACAAACUGGAGUCUGGGAGGGAGAGACGACCAAGCCAGCCUCUGAUGCUUGCGGAGGAAUAUUCAAGUACUACUGCAAGAUUUUGAGUGUAAUGCCACGAGUCAGGAGAAAUUAAAAGUCACACUCAGAAAGCAAACCUUUAAGACCCGUUUGUAGAAAAAGGAGACAUUUUCAAAUGAAAGACGAAUCAGUGGACCUGUCAAAGGCAAACAGAUGACACUUUAAGAUGGCGGACCUGUUUAUUAUCAAGAGACACUUUUAAAAAAUUUAAAAAAAAAAAAAACAGCUUUUUUUGUUCUUUGGUUCUAUAAUAUUCUCACUCAGGUACCCGGUGCCAAUAAGUGGCUUGUGAAUGUGAUUUGUUGUUUUUGUGCUACAAGUUUGAAUAAUAAUAGAAAAAAAGAGACAUUUCUUUUUUUCCCCAUUUGUCGUAAAGCACCUGAAAGACAUCAGACGUGUUUAUUUUUAACAAAAAAAAAACGUAUCUUUUCUCCAACCUCGCAGUGUGCUGUCAGCGGUUCCCCCCAGUUUUUCUCUGUGUUUUUGUGACUGCCCGCUCCCCCCACUAAUUUGGAAUCCGAUGGGACAGUCCAGCCAGGACUGACCAGUAGAGCGUGGACUGUCCCACUUUGAGGGAUUUCCAUGGGGGGAGAAGGGAAGUCUCUCUGGCAUCACGGAGCAGAAACGAAAGCACUGUGUUGCGAGACAAUCCAUCAGUUUUCUUCUCACUCCGUCCCUCUAUCUCGAUCUCGUCCAGGGCAAAACAUCAGUACGACUUAGCUUGAGUGUGUGUCGGUGUGUGCUGGGUUUACUCAUUUAUUGGCCGUUUUGCACAUGCGUGUAAAAUCGAGCGAGAAAAAGGCUAAAAACGUCUAGGAUACAGAAAAUCAGGCUUACGCUGCUGCUGUUAUUUACUGUACCACACACACAUAUAUACACACUCACACACACACACACACACACACAACUGUUGUUCUGUCCCUCAGUGUUUUCCUGCUCCCUCCAAUUAACAUCGUCCUGCUGUCCUUGGUGGGCGGAGCUAAGCUGAAGCAGCCAGUCAGUGUUUCUGUUUGUAUUUGAAUACUGUAUUUUAUUAUUUCUCUUCAAACUGCCUCUAGUCUAAUAAUAUUAUUAACAAUAAUUAUAAGGAUGGUCAGCGUUUCCUAAGUUUAGUAAGUUAUGUACAGUAUAAUUUAUUUUUCUCCUCUUUAUCGGGUUUUUAUGACCAUAUGAGACUAUGACAGUCAAUGAAACAUUAUUCUAUUUAGCUGGUAGAUAUUUAGAUCUAAACAAAAGUUGUCAUUUUACCUUGCUUUGUUUUGCAUUCUUUUGUUCCCUUCUUUUUUGAUGCAUUUGUUUUGUAUUAAUCCUCCGGACUGGGGGGGGCGGUCGGAGUUAGGACAGCGAGCUGGACUGACCGAGUAGACGCCGGCCCUCCUCCGAGCUGAAGACAUAACCUUUUCAUGUCCAAACCCAUUUCUAAAAAGCACUCAGACUCUGAGAAAAAGAAGAACGUGAUUUUUUUAUUGUUAUUAUAAUUUUAUUUGAAAUGAUUAUUAUAAUGUAUAAUGUGAAGUUUCCUCUC